UUUAAAAUUAAAUACAACAAAUUGUUCGUUCCUCGCUGGCUCCGUCGCCGUCGCACAGGAUAGAAAUAUCUCCCUGGAAGUAAACGCCGAUGGGUACGACGGCCGCCGCAGUGGAGGAGGAAUCAGAAUCCGCGGCGCUCUUAAUCCCCGAGGAAUCGAAUUCGGAAAAAAUUCCGACAGAUUCAUUCCACUUCGUCUACAUAAUCUAUUUCUCCUUAGGGGCGGGGUACCUCCUGCCAUGGAACGCGUUCAUAACGGCUGUCGACUACUUCACCUACCUCUACCCCGACGCAUCCGUAGAUCGUGUGUUCGCCAUUGUUUAUAUGCUGGUUGGGCUCACGUCGUUGCUUCUCAUCAUCGCGUUUGCUCACAAAUCCAGCUCCGUGGCGAGAAUUAAUUUAGGUUAUGCGUUGUUUCUGAUUGCGUUGGUGGCGGUGCCGCUGAUGGAUACCUGGUAUGUGAAGGGGAGGGUGGGGGUUUAUGGAGGGUACUAUGCGACGGUGGCGGUGGUGGGGUUGAGUGGACUGGCUGAUGGAUUGGUGCAGGGCGGCGUUGUGGGGAAUGCCGGAGAGUUGCCGGAGAGGUAUAUGCAGGCUGUAGUCGCCGGAACUGCUGCUUCUGGUGUUCUUGUUUCGAUCCUCCGAGUUUUCACCAAGGCUUUAUACCCUCAAGAUACCAAUGGACUAAGACAAAGUGCCAAUCUAUAUUUUAUUGUCAGCAUUGUUGUGAUGGUGUUGAACGUCGUUUUCUAUAAUCUGGCGCAUAGGCUUCCGGUUAUCAAAUACUACAACAAUCUGAAAACUCUGGCAGCAAACGAGGAGAAGGAGCAGAGGGGAAAUCUCACAGGAAAGCUCUGGAGAUCAACGCUAUGGGACAUUGUCGGGGCUGUGAAGUGGUACGGUGCAGGCAUCGCAAUCAUUUACGUUGUAACAUUGAGCAUUUUCCCUGGAUCGGUUACAGAAGAUGUGCAUUCAGCUGCUCUUAAAGACUGGUACCCGAUCAUCCUAAUUGCGGGAUACAACGUGUUCGAUCUGAUCGGUAAAUCAUUAACAGCAGUGUACCUUAUGGAGAAUGCGAAAGCUGCCAUAGGUGGAUCCUUCGCAAGAUUGUUGUUUCUGCCACUUUUCUACGGCUGCUUGCACGGUCCUGAGGUGAUGAAAUCGGAGAUUCCGGUGACAGUGUUGACGUGCCUUCUUGGGCUUACGAACGGGUACUUUACGAGCGUGCUGAUGAUUCUGGCGCCGAAGAGUGUGGUGCUGCAACAUGCCGAAACCGCGGGGAUUGUGGUGGUUUUGUAUUUGGUUGCUGGUUUGGCUAUCGGUUCCAUCGUCUCGUGGUUUUGGGUGCUGUGAUUCAUGCCUAAAUCUGUUGUUCUACUAUUAUUUCUCCUUCCUUCGGACAGGUAUUUCUAUUUCUUCUAACUGUAUAAAUAUGACAUAUGUUUCUCUUUAUUUCCUUCUUGCAAUGAACUUUACAAUGCUCUCUCUCUCUCUA